UAUAAAGCACCGUUCUUCCUGUGAGUGCGCGUCUUCUUUCUCUCUCUCUCUCUCUCUCUCUCUCCGUCUCUCUUUGUUCAUGAUCUUGAAACGGUCACCUGAGAGAGAGAGAGAGUCCUCUGCAAGUUGGAACCUUCAACGCCAGACGACGAACUUCAGAGGUUGAGCGAGAAUUACCCCCCAAAACCUCAGCCUCCCAGUUCUUCGUCUUGCUCUUGUGCUUCCAUCAUCAAAUGGCGGUGGCAACUGCUAGGGCUCGAGCAGACUACGACUACCUCAUAAAGCUUCUCCUGAUCGGCGAUAGCGGUGUUGGAAAGAGUUGCUUACUUUUACGCUUUUCUGAUGAUUCUUUCACAACCAGCUUCAUUACCACAAUUGGGAUAGACUUCAAAAUAAGAACAGUCGAGCUUGAUGGCAAGCGGAUUAAACUGCAGAUUUGGGAUACUGCUGGUCAGGAGCGAUUCCGGACAAUCACAACUGCUUAUUACAGGGGUGCAAUGGGUAUUUUACUGGUGUAUGAUGUGACAGAUGAAUCUUCUUUUAACAACAUUCGGAAUUGGAUACGGAACAUUGAGCAACAUGCAUCUGACAAUGUCAACAAGAUACUCGUAGGAAACAAAGCAGACAUGGAUGAGAGCAGAAGGGCUGUGCCUACUUCACGAGGACAGGCUCUUGCUGAUGAAUAUGGCAUUAAGUUCUUCGAAACUAGUGCAAAGACAAAUUUAAACGUGGAGAAUGUGUUUUUUACAAUUGCAAGAGAUAUAAAGCAGAGGCUUGCUGAUACAGACAAUAAGGCUGAGCCUCAAGCCAUCAAGCUUAACAAGGCAGACCCGACUAAGGGAGAUGACAAAGCUCUUCAGAGACCAGCCUGCUGCAGUUCUUGAGGGUAAUGCAGAGAGGUCAAGGUGUGGUGACUACUUCAGCAGAAACUAAUUGUUUCUUCUUUUCCUGCAGUUGAUGAUGGUAUGAUGUCGGUACAGGGGGGUGCUUGUAUUUUUCAACUUAUCAUUCUUUUCAACUAUUAGUGUGGAAUUUUUAGUCUGUUGUUGAACAGGAAUCAUCAAACUGGUUGUUUCAGCUGCUGCUAAUUAUGAGAUACACUUCCAACUAUAUAGUUGAAUUAUUUAAUGUUUCA